AUGCCACCCCAACCAGUCCAUCUCCUCCCCCGCCUCACCCCCCGCACCGCCUUUCUCCUCGCAACCUCCGUCUUCCUCUGCCAAGAAACCUACCGCCUCUCGACAGGCACGCACACCUUCUUCUCGCCACGCGUACCGGCCCUGCGCGCCGCGCUGAUGGGCGAGGAUCCGCACAGUGAUGAGGUCAAGGCCGAAGUCGUCAAGGCCUAUCUGCGCAUGAGGAGGAUAUCGGUACGGGAAGACAGGGGGAAGGAAGGGGAGGUUUUGGAGGAGAGAAGGAGGAGGAGGAGGGUGGCGCUCAGCACGGAGACGCAGGCGCAGAAGGAGGCGACGAGGGAGGCAGUGAGGGAGGAGGCGCCGAGUAUCCAGGAGGUGAUCAAGGGUAAUACUGGGGUUGCGACGCCCGUGAUAUCGGCGCCGACUCCGCGCAUUGCCAAACAUGACGGAGCGGAGGAGGAAGUGGAAGCAGAAACUCAAACUGCGAAGCGAAGAGCAGUGCGGUCGCAGAAGAGAGCGGAAGAGGAGAAGAAGGAUUGGCUCGAGGUGGAGUCGGAAGGGUUGACGUGGGUGGGCAGGGUACCCUUGAUACUCACGCCGAUUCCGAGCUUGAGGUUAUUGAUGCGGCCGUUUCGGAGGAAGAGGAAGGAGGAGGAAGAGUAGGAGUAGGAAGUGAAAGGAUCAUUAGGCGUGGUCAAGAAGAGUGUACUGACGUCGUUGCCUUCUUGUGGAUAUGUUCUCG